AUGAAUAAAAAAGUGAUGGAUCGAUAUAUGCGGCUGCCGAUGCCUUGCAAUAAAGUUUUAGCUACAUACUGCUGGAUCGAUGGAUCAGGUAUUAAUAUGAGAUGUAAAGACAGAAUUCUUAAUUGUACCCCGUAUAGUGCGGAUGCUGCACCUGGUUGGGCCUUUGACGGGAGUUCCACCGGGCAAGCUACCACUGCAAAUUCGGAUACCAGUUUGAAGCCAUGUGCGGUAUAUAAGGACCCGUUCAGAUUAGAACCUCACGUAAUAGUGUUAGCAGAAGUGUACAUGGGCGACGGUUCGCCAGCAAAAACAAACCACAGAAAAUUUUGUAACGAUCUUUGUGAAUUUCAUAAAGCCGAAGAACCUUGGUUUGGCUUGGAACAAGAGUAUACCAUGUUGGAUGUCGACGGAUGGGGCUUGGGUUGGCCUAAGGGAGGUGGUUUUCCUGCAGUAAACUAUGAGUUUUCUUACUGCGGAGUUGGCGCUAAAUAUAUUGCUGGCAGGGAUGUUGCCGAAGCUCACACUAAAGCGUGUCUAUAUGCAGGAUGUGACUUCGAAGGGACAAAUGCUGAAGUAAUGUUUGCUUGCUGGGAAUGGCAAAUAGGAACGACAAUUGGCAUAAAAGCUGCUGAUGAUAUGUGGAUGUCACGUUACAUUAUGUCUAGAGUUGCUGAAGAUUACGGCGUCGUGAUCACAUAUCAUCCAAAGCCAAUGGGACCGAAGCAUCCUGGAGUAGGAAUGCAUCACAAUUUUAGUACAAAAAGAAUGCGAUCUGAUGGUGGUUAUGCAUUUAUUGAAGAAUGUAUUAAGAGACUUGAGAAAAACCAUAUGAAGCAUAUGAAGAAUUAUCAGCACGAUGAACAAAGUAACAGGAUGCGUCUAUCGGGCAAAUUUGAGACUGCACCUUUUGAUAAAUUUUCCUGGGGCAUUGCAAACAGGAAAGCUUCUAUACGAUUGGGUAGGGACAUCAAAGCCAAGGGAAAGGGAUUUAUGGAAGACCGAAGACCAGCCGGUGAUUGUGAUCCCUACCUAGUAUGUGGGCUGCUCAUGGAUACUUGUCUCGGGUCCGCUGGAGGUGGCGGUGGUGGUGCUAAAAGCGGGGGUGGUAAAUGUAAAUGA